AUGGCGCCACCUCCAUACUUUGGGCACUGGCCCGUGUCGGUCAGGUUCAGCAAGUGGCUGGAAUGGGCAAAGUCCCAGAAGCUGCCCUCAUUCAAAGACUACCCGAGCCUGUCCGAAAAAGUCGAUCGCCAGCUAGACCAAGUCUACUGGAAGUUUGAAAGGCAGCUGCCUGCCCCCAGGGACCAGGCAUGCUGGGAGCGUCUCCUCCGGGGCAGAGGGUCUGAUCGUGGCUUGAAGGCCUUUGGUGAACCCAAUGUUGUCGAUUGCGAAGUGGCACGGAUCGUCAACAAUGGUUGUGUGCACGAAUUCCUUGUUGUGAUUAUGGAGAAGAUGGGCUGGGAUGCGGCCAAAUGUUGCGACCCGUCGCUUUCGAUCGAUCAGAAGAGAUCUCGGCCUCCCAAAGGACCUCGUCAGAGGAACAAUGCGGACGAGCGCAUGGAAGACGACCCGCCUCCCAGGCGGACUACUCCUGACACGCCACUCAACUACGCGGCUGUUUCGGAGCUUAUGCUUGAGCAAAAGGCCCUCAAGGAGAAGAGUGCGGCGGCGGCUGCUGCUACUUCUUCCAGUGUUGUAGCUCGCUCAGCAGGAACUGGACGCGGGUCGAAUGGAACAGCUAGCUCCUUCUCUUUUGGAGGCCACAAACCCGAGCCAAAGAUGUCGAUAAAAAGUCCUGCGGUGAACGAGGCCGUUCGCCUGAAAUCGAACGAGCGGCCUUCGUUGAGAGAAGAAUCAGACAUUUCUGGAGGAACCGUGGCCCAGUCGACCCUUCAUGGUAUGUUUGACAAACUAGUUGAGGUAAUGCUCGACGAUCCAAGCACAGUGGUUAUUAAAGGCAAUGGGUCUCUUUCUGGACAAAGACAAACUGGUGGCAGCGUCCAACGAGAAAGCGGUAUAGCCGCAACGAGGCCAAAUUCGAUGUCAGUUAUCAGCACAACUCCGAUAGGAGGGAUGUUCGGGUCUCAACCCCCCGUCUCAAAGCAGCCACCUGCGAAAGUGCCCGUCAGGACCGGAGGAGCUUUGGAGCGACAAGCUCAACGACAACUAAGUGGUCUCUUGAAUGGCUCUCUUCCCUCGUAUCCCGCGUCGGUUGGAAGGACGAGUGACGAAGAAAGCUCCAGAUUGUUGACGCUAUCGACCCCGGCGCCGCAUGCCUCCUCCAGCAAUGCUCAACAACGCAAUAGCGCGGCAGCCAAGACAGCGUCUCAAGUGCAGAGACCUGUGGCUGUCCUGCCGGCAGAACAUAAGAUGGAUAGCCAGACGGUCACUGCCUCUACUCAGGGGCACACGACGCAAGUCGAGAGCCUCACGGCUGAGAUGACCAAGAAACUCGAGGCGACCAUCAAUCAGCAUCUGUUAGAGGCGAUUCGAGGGGUCUACCGCAGCGUCCCCAAGUUACUGGAGCAAAAGAUUCGAGACUUGUUGGACGGCACAGAGUACCGCUCUAUAAGAUUCGCUGUUCUCCGGGAGAUUGAAAUAGAGACCACAAAGACUGUGAGAGAGGCUGUCAUGUCCAAGAUGAAAGCCAUGGAGGAGAUCAUUAAGGACACUAAACAUCCUGAAAAGAUGAAGCCAUCAGGGAACACCAAGCGCAAGGCUGACGAGAUAGACGCAGAAGGAGGUGACCAAACUCAACAGGCUGCGAAGCGACAUCGGAGCGAUGGCGACGGUGGUGGAUGGACCAUAUGA